UAAAAUCUGGGAACGGCUGAGAGCCAUGUGUUGUUGUUCCUGUCGGCCCACAUGAAACGCUUUCACUUUCGCCUUUACAUGUUGUGUUUGGAAUUGUGUACAGUAGUCACUCGUUACAUUGUUUUCCUCACUUUUACAAAGUGUGAAAGUUAAGUGGAAUAAUGGUUCGAAAAAAGAUAGACAAUCGGAUCAGAGUGAUGAUCGAGAAUGGUGUUGCGCAGAAACAUCGCUCGAUGGUUGUGCUUGUUGGCGACCGUGGCAAAGAUCAGGUGGUUAUUUUGCAUCACAUGUUGACUAAAGCCACACUCAAAGCUCGACCCUCAGUUUUGUGGUGCUACAAGAAAGAACUUGGAUUCUCAAGCCAUCGCAAAAAACGUAUGAAGGAGUUGCAAAAAAAGAUCAACAGUGGCAAACUGAGUGCUAAAGAAGACGAUCCCUUUGAGCUGUUUAUCUCAUCGACUUCCAUCAGAUAUUGCUACUAUGCAGAGACUCACAAAAUUCUGGGCAACACAUAUGGCAUGUGUGUACUUCAGGAUUUUGAAGCUUUGACACCAAAUCUUCUUGCCCGUACAGUGGAGACAGUUGAAGGGGGUGGUGUGAUAGUGCUGUUAUUGAGGACCAUGUCUUCGCUGAAACAGCUCUACACUAUGACAAUGGAUGUCCACCUUCGAUUUCGCACAGAGGCCCACCAAGAUGUUGUUGGUAGAUUCAAUGAGAGAUUUCUACUGUCUCUGGCUUCAUGUGAAACUUGUGUGGUGCUGGACGACAAGCUCAACUUGAUCCCUGUGUCGACCCAUGCCCUCGCUCUGGAGCCACUGCCUGCUAAGUCUUUGGAGGAGAACUUGACAGCUCAGGAGAUAGAACUGGAGGAACUGAAGACAUCAAUCCAGGACAUGGAUGUGACCACAGGGAAAAUAAUCAAGUUGUGCCGAACCCUUGAUCAGGGUCAAGGCUUUCUCAAGUUUGUGGACGCCAUUGUGGAGAAGACACUACGCAGUACGGUGGUCAUGACAGCAGCGAGAGGUCGCGGCAAGUCAGCAGCCCUGGGACUGGCCAUGUCUGCUUCUGUGGGCUUUGGAUACUCCAACAUAUUUGUCACGGCACCUAGUCCUGAGAACUUGAAGACUCUGUUUGAUUUCAUCUUCAAAGGUUUUGAUGCUUUAGACUAUCAGGAACACAUUGACUACGAGAUCAUUCAGUCGACGAAUCCUGACUUCAACAAGGCUGUCGUCAGAGUGAACAUUUUCCGUGACCACAGGCAGACCAUACAGUAUAUUCACCCGUCAGACGCUCACAAACUUGGCCAGGCUGAGCUGGUGUGUAUUGACGAAGCCGCCGCCAUCCCUUUGCCUCUGGUGAAAAAUUUGCUGGGUCCAUAUUUGGUGUUCAUGUCCUCAACAGUCAACGGCUACGAGGGCACGGGCCGGUCUCUGUCCCUCAAACUGGUGCAGCAGCUCCGCCAGCAGGUGUCCACCUACGGGGGCAGCGUGAAGGAGGCCAGGCUUGCUGCCAACAUGGCCAAGCAAGGAGUGGACAGCUCAGCCUCUGGGCGAGUUUUGCACGAAGUUGAGCUGAAGGAGUCCAUCAGGUACGCGAGUGGGGACCCGGUGGAGGCGUGGCUCAAUCGACUGUUGUGUCUGGACGCCAGCUCUGUGCCAAGGUCUAUCACUGGCUGCCCGCUGCCUGCCUCGUGUAACUUGUACUAUGUGAACAGGGACACUCUCUUCUCCUACCACCCAGCCUCGGAGAAAUUUCUGCACCGCAUCAUGGCGCUCUAUGUCUCUUCACACUACAAGAACUCGCCCAAUGACUUGCAGCUUCUGUCUGACGCCCCCGCCCAUCACAUCUUUGUCCUGCUGGGUCCUGUGCAGUCAGCCAACACAGAACUACCAGAGGUGCUGUGUGUGCUGCAGGUUUCUCUAGAGGGAGAGAUCUCCAAGUCAACCAUCAUGAACAGUCUGCAGCGAGGUCAGCGGGGGUCAGGUGAUCUCAUCCCGUGGACUCUCUCUCAACAGUUCCAAGACCAGGACUUCCCAGGACUGUCUGGAGCCAGAGUUGUGAGAAUAGCUACGCAUCCAGAUUAUCAAGGGAUGGGCUACGGCUCUCGAGCCCUGACGUUGAUGCAGGAGUACUAUGAAGGAAAGUUUCCAAACCUAAAAGAAUCCAAUCCUGAUGACGCGGGACAAGAAAGUUCCAAUGAUGGGGGUGACCGGGGUGAUGAGGAACUCAAGAAAGUCGAUGAUGAAGAAGUGACUCUGUUGAAUGAACACCUGGCCCCUCGCAAAAAUCUCCCCCCUCUGCUUGUGAAACUGACAGACAGAAGACCAGAGCCCCUCCAGUACUUAGGGGUUUCUUACGGCCUGACCUCUGACCUCUUCAGGUUUUGGAAAAGGUCUGGCUAUGUCCCUGUGUAUCUCCGGCAGACAGCUAAUGAAUUGACCGGCGAGCAUUCCUGCAUUAUGGUUAAGACCAUUUCUGUGGAUGAGAAGGAAGACAAACAGUCGUGGUUACCUUCCUUUUGGAAAGAUUUCCGAAAACGAUUAGUGGCUCUGCUGGCUUAUCAGUUCCGUUCCUUCAAGCCGGCUCUGGCCUUGAACAUUCUGCAGAACAAAAACUUCAAAACAGAGGAAAAAGCAGUGAGCCUGAGACGCUCGGAGCUGCUUCAGUUUGUGACGACCUACGACAUCCAGCGACUGGAGCUCUACUCCAGCAACAUGGUGGACUACCACCUGAUAGUGGACCUGCUCUCUGACCUGGCUCGCCUCUUCUUCACCAACCACGUCCCCAUACACCUGAGUGUGGUGCAAAGUAGUAUCCUGCUUGCCCUGGGCCUGCAGCACAAGACAGUGGAGGAUGUGGAGAAGGACAUUGAACUGCCCGUCAGUCAGAUCCUGGCCUUGCUGAACCGAACCAUCCGCAAGUUUGUUCAGCAUUUUAAUGAGAUUUUGGAGAAAGAGGUGGAGGCAACCAUGGCGGAGAAGAAAGAAAUUGUCAUGGAGCCAACACUGACGUCUGUGGACCAGGAACUGAAAGAGGCUGGCCAGCAGUUCAAGCAGGAACACAAACAGAACGUGGCCACUCUGGUGGGAGCUGACCUCUCUCACUUUGCCAUCAAGGGCUCGGACAAAGACUGGCAAGAAGCCAUCAAGGGAAACUCCAAAUCGGUCAUUAGUGUGAAAAGUCAUUUGGAGAAGAAACGAAAGUCUCCUGCUGAAGCAGACACAGAUCAGAUGUCAAACAAGAAACAGAAGAAGAGAAAGAAGCAGAGGGAAAAAUCUUAGGUCUAUUUGUUAAUCGUCAUGAAAUGUUACAUAUUCCUCAUCACCACCUCUGUUCUCAAACACCUGGUUACCUGUACGGUGGUAGUUUUUGUGAUUUUUCAGAAUCUGAAUCGUGUAAUCUGUGUACCACAAAUAAAUAAGAGGUGUGUAUAAAAUGUCGGUUCUAUGUAAAUAAUGAAUGGUAAUAAAGCGAUCUGCUUUAAGACAGAGUAGAUUAAUAUCUUUGCCUUUUUUUCUGUUUCAAACACUGCCCAACACUACCCUGCUCCAUUACUUGCGCUUGUUGUUUGUCAUCAUUUCACCUAGCCUUCAGAUGGCAGUGUACUGGGAUUUUUUUAGUGUGAUAAUAGUCCCUUUUCUUACCUUCCUACAAUUUAAGUGUAAGUAGAUAAAACAGACUUCAUGGGAGCAGAGAAUUGCUUUGUGUUGAACAGAUUUUGUGUUGAAGGAAUUUGCAAUGCACAGAAUGAAGAGGGGAACUGGGAUUUUCAUGUUAAAUGGUUUUGUGUUGAAUAAAAUCUACUGUAUUUGCAACAAAAAAA